CCCGGGCGCCGCCGUGUGACGUAAGCGGAAGGGUACGUCACCCUCCGGCGGAGGCUGAGGCGGCGCCGCCGGGGCAGGAAAGGAGCUCUGGGUAAAAAAUGUCGUGGAUCAGAGAGGGCGAGCUGACCAUCAUAGAGAGGUUCUGUGCCAACAUCAUUAAGGCAGGUCCCAUGCCCAAGCACGUGGCCUUCAUCAUGGAUGGCAAUCGCCGCUACGCCCAGAAGUGUCACGUGGAGAGACAGCAGGGACAUUCCCAAGGCUUUGAUAAGCUGGCGCAGACACUGCGGUGGUGCUUGAACCUGGGCAUUCGGGAGGUGACAGUUUAUGCCUUCAGCAUUGAGAACUUCAAACGCUCCAAGGAGGAGGUGGAUGGGCUCAUGGACCUGGCCAGACAGAAGUUCAGCCGCCUCCUGGAGGAGCAGGAGAACCUGAAGAAGCACGGGGUGUGCAUCCGUGUCCUGGGGGACCUGCCCCUGCUGCCCGUGGAUAUCCAGGAGCUGAUUGCCCAAGCUGUGCUGGCAACCAGGAACUACAACAAGUGCUUUCUGAAUGUUUGCUUUGCAUACACAUCGAGGCAUGAGAUCAGCAAUGCUGUCAGGGAGAUGGCCUGGGGGGUGGAACAAGGACUGCUGGAACCCAGUGACGUGUCUGAAUCCCUGCUGGAUAAGUGUCUGUACACCAACAACUCCCCUGACCCAGAUCUGCUGAUCAGAACCUCUGGAGAGGUUCGCCUCAGUGAUUUCCUGCUCUGGCAGACAUCCCAUUCAUGCCUGGUGUUUCAAUCAGUCUUGUGGCCAGAAUAUUCCUUUUGGAACUUGUGUGAAGCUAUCCUUCAGUUCCAGAUGAACCACAGUGCUUUGCAGAAGGCCAGAGACUCCUACCUGGAGGAGAGGAGGCGGCAGCAGCUGGAGAGGGACCAGGCUUACGUGAGCAAGAAGCUGCAGCAGGAAGGGAGCUCGUGCCUCGGGGACCCGCGGCGCCGGCGCACGCUGCUGCAGAAAUGCACAGCUCUGCGUGAGGAGAGGAUCCAGGGCUUCCUGCAGGCCCUGGAGCACAAGAGAGCAGACUUCUUUGAGAGAUUGUGUCCAGUGUCUGCAUGACACAGGUGCUGGGCUCUGGGGAGCACAGUUCAGAGAGAGCAGGGCUGCUCCAGCACCUCCCGUCCUGCCCGGGGCAGGGAUGGCUGCUGGGAACUCUCCAGGCUCUGCUGCUGCUGCUGAGGAAGGUGGAGCCGUCCUGUGUCACCUCCCUGCCUGGGGACAGGUACCUGCACCUGCUGGGUCCUUGACCAGCCAGGUGUUCUGGUGACAAGAAGUUAACUGCAGUGAGCCUCCAUCCAGUUCUCUGGUUCCUCCUGAACUGGCCCAGCCAAACCAGUCCUGUUAAAUCAGUCUGGGCUCCGAUUCUCUCCUUGGCUUUGCAGUAGGGAAUCUUCUGUUGAGAUAUCCUCUGCUGUCCCAUCAAGAGAGCUCUGCUUUCUGCAGGAAGAGGAUUGUUCCUGGUGUCACUGCCUCCUCGGGGACAGCAUCUUGUGUUUUCUCCACCUGACUCUGGCUGGGUUGGAUGUAUCCACUCCUGGUUUCCAGAGAGUCAAAGGAAGGGUUCCCAACCUUGCUGUACAGAAAAGAAAAAGCUGCUCCAAAGCUUCAGCAGGUUCUGAGAUCUCUCCUGAGCAGUGUAUGUGGGGAAAACCCAGGUGCAGAAGGUGCUGGUAUUGGACCACACUGACCUCUUGAGCAGGCAGGAAAAAAGGAUUGGUUAGGAAUGAACCUCCUCAGGAAGUAAAGGAAAUUGGCUAAACAAGGUGAUGGCUACCAUAUGGCAAACCCUCUCAGGGAGUUCCAGGGAAUGAGGGUGGGUGUAAUUCAGGAAUACAGUAGCCAAAAAACAACCUCUGACCCAAGCCAAAACUGUUCAGAAGGGCUGCUUGGCUGAUAUUAAAGGGAGGGGCCAGAGCAGCUGUGGAGUGUUACUUGUUCUCAGUUUUCCAUUGGCAGGGAGAUGGACAAGCUGAUUUCCAAGAUUGCUUCUGUCUCUGAUUCCUCCUGGUUUCCGUCCCCAUGAUCAAAGUAACUGAAAAUGUCUUGAUUUUUGCUCCUGAUGCAAAAAUGUGUGGCACUGCCAGCUGUUGCUGGGUUUGAAGUGUUUCUUCUUGCCUCCAGGUGAAAACCACAAAAUGCAGAUUUAAAAGCCUUGUAAGUGCUGCACACUGAGCACUUGGCCUGUGAUUGUGAAGAGAAAAACUGUGUAGUCAAACUGGGAAUAAAGUAUAUUCAUACCAAAGCUAUUUAAAAAAUAACCUGAAUGUUUAAAAGUAUGUAGAGCUGCUUAUUUUAAGGUGUGAUGAAGCUGGAAUCCAGGUUUAAUAUAAUAAUAUUUAAUCUGUGACAGACUCCUCAUGUGAAUCCUGUUAGCCUGGGAAUGUUUUGAAGGUUAUUUUUACAGUGUGAGCAGUUUGCUGACACCCCAAAGCCUGCCUGAGUGAAGCUGUGUGCAGGUACCACCUCUUGAGUAAGUAACAUACAGAAUUUGGAUAAAAAUGUGCUAACAUCUGUUGAUUUUAA